UGUCCUCGAUCCGUGGCCUGGAUGUCGGUGCGCAUGCGCGAGCGCCUAGCUGUGCGCGCGGCCGCCCCCGCAUCCCGGGGCUGAGGUGCGGGGUCCGGCCCGCCGCGGCCCCUUAGGCUGCGCGGGCAGGGGGUGGCACCCCCUGUUGUCAUUGCUCCUGCAGCCUCAGCAGCCUCUUCGCUGGGACUGCGCGACACCGCCCCCAGACUGGGUGCCCGCUGUGUGCCAGGCCCGGUGCUGGGCACGGUCCCGUCUCUUAGCCCAUUCGAGCCUCCCCAGCCCCGCGAGAAAUCGCUUAGGAAGAGUCUUUGAGAUGUUAAGAUGUUUCCUUGCUCUGUCACAGCACCCUACAAGGACUGCCAGGCAAUAAUGAAGGUUCUUUUACUGAAGGAUGCUAAGGAAGACGACUGUGGCCAGGAUCCGUAUAUCAGGGAAUUAGGAUUAUAUGGACUUGAAGCCACUCUGAUCCCUGUUUUAUCAUUUGAAUUUUUGUCUCUUCCCAGUUUCUCUGAGAAGCUUUCUCAUCCUGAAGAUUACGGGGGACUCAUUUUUACCAGCCCCAGAGCAGUGGAAGCGGCACAGUUAUGUUUGGAGAAAAACAAUAAAACUGAAGUCUGGGAAAGGUCUCUGAAAGAAAAAUGGAAUGCCAAGUCAGUGUAUGUGGUUGGAAAUGCUACUGCUUCUUUAGUGAGUAAAAUUGGCCUGGAUACAGAAGGAGAAACCUGUGGAAAUGCAGAAAAGCUUGCAGAAUAUAUUUGUUCCAGGGAGUCCUCAGCACUGCCUCUUCUAUUUCCCUGUGGAAACCUCAAAAGAGAAAUCCUGCCGAAAGCGCUCAAGGACAAAGGGAUUGCCAUGGAAAGCGUAACUGUGUAUCAGACAAUUCCACACCCAGGAAUCCAAGGGAACCUGAACAGCUACUAUUCCCAGCAGGGGGUUCCAGCCAGCAUCACAUUUUUCAGUCCCUCUGGCCUCACAUACAGUCUCAAGCAUAUUCAGGAGUUAUCUGGUGACAAUAUCGAUCAAAUUAAGCAGGCUGCAGCAGCACUUUCCUCAGUGGUGAACACAUCUGGAGGCAGCAGCUCAAACUCUCUUAACGGAUGGGAGACUGAGGCUCCGAGGACAGGGCAGAGACGCCUCAGCGUCAACCUGCUUUUGGCGGCAGGACAGGAAUUGGGCCUGGGCCUGAGAUGGUUCCUUCCUACACCCUUCUCCAGGGUACCAUGUCCACCUCGAAGCCUCCGGACCCUCUGACAUUUCUGGAGGCUGGGAAGUCCAAGAGCAAGACUUGGUGUCUGACAAGGGCCCGGUUUCUGUUGCCAGAUGGUGCCUUGAACACUGCGUCCUCAUAUGGCAGAAGGGCAAAGGGCUGAACGCACUCUGAAGCCUGGCUUCUAAGGGCAGGAGGGUAGAGCCUUAUGAUUCAAUCACCUCCUCAAGGCCCCACCUCUUAAUACAGUUGCACUGGGAUUAAGUUUCAACAUGAAUUGUGGAGGGGACAUGAACAUUUAAGCCACAGUAAUCCCUAAGGGGAAUCAUCUUACCCCCACUGGGGAGAGCUGUCAUGCAAGUUUUCAGAUUUGACUUUCAGAAGCACCGUCUUUGACCAGAGCUGGUGGAAUGGACAGAACUGCCAGGCUUCAAGCAGAACAGGGAUCGUGGUGGGUGCCCAAGCUCCUCCUGAGUACCCCUUUCCAGCAUCCCAGGUCCCGCCUUUCCCCCUGCAGCGUUGGGUGUGGGCCCAAUGAGGAAUGGAUCUCCGAGGUCACAGCUCAGGACUGUGCCUUCCCCGGGAAGCCCGGUGUCCUAGAGCCCAGGAAAGUGUCCUAGGGUGUGGCACAGUCAGAAAAACACAGAGGAGUUGACGAUGGCCAGAGGGUUUCACCCCAGGAGACACAGCCUACACCAACCUCAGAACUGCACAGAGGUUCUUCAAAAAGUAGCCACUCCUGGCAUUGUCCAUUCAAAAUGUUCCAGCUGAACUUACAGUGAACCCAGACUCCUCAUUUGCCCUAUGGGUCCUUCCGCAUCUGACCUUCACCUGCUCCUCUCCAUCCUCCCCUGCCAGCUCACUCCUCCCAGUCACGUCCAGCCAGGCUGUUCUUUCUUCCCUACUAUUGUAGCUUUGCCCAGCCGGUCCCAGCCUCAGGGCCUGUGCACUUGUCCUUUCCUGGCCUAAAAUGUAUGCCACUCCCGAAUCUCAAACCCCCAGUUACAUGUGACUGAGUCCCUCUGAUCUUUCUGCUGUUGCCCAGAUUUCAUCUGCACAAGAGGUCUUUCCUGCUCACUUGAAUAUUCACUCUUCCCCAUAGACACUCACUUUCCCUAACUCUAUUCCUAGCACCUGUCAUUAUUGGAAUUUUUCAUUUCUUUUUUGCUUAUUGUCUGUCUUCCCUACUUAGAAUCUACAUUCCAUGAGGGUAGGUGUGAUGGUUAAUACUGAGUGUCCACUUGAUUGGAUUGGAGGAUCCAAAGUAUUGAUCCUGGGUGUGUCUGUGAGGGUGUUGCCAAAGGAGAUUAACAUUUGGGUCAGUGGGCUGGGACAGGCAGACCCACCCUUCAUCUGGGUGGCACCAUCUAAUCAGCUCCAAAAAUAUAAAGCAGGCAGAAAAUCGUGAAAAGACUAGACUGGCUUAGCCUCCCAGCCUCCAUCUUUCUCCCAUGAUGGAUGCUUCCUGCCCUUGAGCAUCAGACUCCAAGUUCUUCAGCUAUGGGACUAAGACUGGCUUCCUUGCUCCUCAGCUUGCAGACGGCCUACUGUGGGACUUUGUGACUGUGUGAGUUAACACUACUUAAUGUAUCUACCCUAUUCGUUCUGACCCUCUAGAGAACCCUGACUAAUACAGUAGGGAAUGAAUCCAUCAUGUUCAUUUCUGUAUUCCCUGUCUGUAGGACAGUAAUAAGUAUUUGCUACAUGAUGACUGAAUGAAUAACUAACGGAUAGCCCCACACAGGCCUGUGCACACCUGCUCUUCUUGGAGACCUUUGACAUAAAAUUCUAAGUUUUCAUCUGCAAAAUCACAGUGCCUAAAGAACUUUAAUUCAUUUCCUGCAAGCUCUCUGGAUACUGGGGUAGAAAUUCCUGCAGCAAACCUGAACCUCUACUUACUUUUGCCUCCCCAUACUCUGCCUUUCCCCUGCCCUUCCCGUGCCCUUCCCCUGCCCCGAGGGUCAGCCCCUGCAGGCAUCUGUGUGACCCACCAAGAAGAGAGGAGGAACAGGAAAUACUCAAGGAAGUGGGAGAUGAGGAGGCUGCUGUGCAGCGCAGGAGCCCACGGAGAAGGGGCGUAGUCAUGAGUUUAAAGGAAAUAGAUGAGCAAAUGUGUGCUCAGCAUGAUGGAGGAGACAGAAAGCCAGAUCUGCCCAGGGCACGGCCCCAGUGCAGGGGUGGUGGGAGGCUCUCAGGCAAGGGCUUGGUCGGCAUCUUUGGGAUCUGAGCUGGACAGAGUAAAAACCAAGGAUCCAAGAUAGGUGGGUGAGGCAGAAGGACCCUCAGGACCCUCGGUGCAGUUGGGACUCAGAGGACCAUGUGGUAGGGACAAGAGGGUGAGAAGCUACAAGGAGAGCCAGCGGUGGGCUUCAAGGGCUGCCUAUGCCUGUAGGAUCAGAGGUGCAGCAGUCCAGGGGGUGCCAGGGCUGGGCCAGGCCAGGCCAUGGGUGACUCGAGUGGAGUGGAGGUGAGAAUCUUCAGAUCACAGUCAUGGGGGGGUAGGUCAAAGCAACGCACCAGUCAUUCACAGGGAUGCCAGGGUCACUCAGGACAACGGAAGGACCUGGAAUAUAGGAGAACUCUGCAAGAAAAGGGACGAAGGCAUCUUGGGGAGAGAACAGCCACUAGGAAGGCUGGAGAUGACCCAGAAAACUGUCAUGAGGCUCACAGGAGCAGGGCGCUUCCCUGAGUGGAGGCGGCCAUCAGGGACGGAAACACCCAUCCUGCUCCUUGACCUGUGCAGCCUUCACCAGAGAGAGAAGGGCAAGCCGUAGUCUCUACUGGAGACAGGUCUUAGGGAACGAGGAACAUGUUACGGGUCCUUCUGGGGACAGACUAAGCGUUUAGUGGCCUGUAUUAGCGUUGUCUAACUGCUGCACCCACCAACCCCAAAUCUUAGGCUCCAAGCAAUAAAGUUGUUUCUUGCUCCUGUCA